AUGGAGCAAGAUGAGAAUGGUCUGCAAAUGAUGGAGGGGCAAAAGAUGGGCUUACAAGGAGAAAUCAAUGGGCCAGAGGCUUAUGUUGCGCUUAAUACUAGGCCUACCUCACAAAUAGAUUCGCCCACAAUGAAGAGUCAAGUUGAAUUAGGCUCUCGUAAACUAGAUGGCCUAAUUAGCAGGAAAGGGAAACGCAUGUCUCACAUAGGCAAAAUGACACAGACUCAAACACUGGAUUCCAGCAGACAAAAAUUACCAGAAAACUAUUCCAACGCACAAACUUGGAUAAAAGCAGGUUACUGGUACUUCAAAAGCGAUCUCCCUAUUUCAGAUAUAAACUCUGCCCUCUUCACACACCUUCAUUUCGCUUUUGCUGGUCUAAAUUCUUUCUCCUAUGAGCUCUCCAUUUCUUCUGAUGAUGAGAAAUACUUCACCAGCUUCACGAACACCGUCAAACAAAAGAACCCUUCAAUCACGACUCUCCUCUCUAUUGGGGGCGGAAGCGCGGACUACACAGUCCUUUCAUUGAUGGCCAGCAACGCUUCCCAUAGAAAAUCUUUCAUCGAUUCUUCAAUAAAGAUGGCCAGGCUUUAUGGCUUCCAAGGCCUAGACUUUUGUUGGGUUUCAGCAAACACAAGCUCGGACAUGAUCAAUAUGGGAUUACUCUUCCAAGAGUGGCGAGCAGCAGUGAAUUCUGAGUCAGCAAAAAGCUCUGGCCUGACAGAACUGAUCUUGACUGCUGCGGUUGAAAUUUCACCAAAUUUGGAGAGUGCUUCUUUCCCAGUGGACUCCAUACGAGAUAACUUGAAUUGGGUAAAUGUCAUGGCUUACAACUUAUAUAUGCCUGAGUGGUACAACUUUACCGCUGCUCAAGGAGCCUUAUACGACCCUUCUGGCCAUGUUAGCGCUGAUGAUGGUAUUGGUGAAUGGAUUGGUGGCGGCUUGUCUGCUAGCAAGUUGGUUUUGAGUUUGCCUUUCUAUGGCUAUGCCUGGAACUUAGAGAAUGCCAACGACAAUGGCAUAGGUGCACCGGCUACAGGUCCAGCCAAUAUUGGAGAAGAUGGUUUCAUACCUUCAAGAAUAUCAAGAGUUAUAUUCAGCGAUAUGGGGCUACUCUUUGAUGAUGCUGAGGUGGUCAAAAGAAAGGUUGCUUAUGCCAAACAGAAGAAACUUCUUGGUUACUCUGUGUGGGAAGUCUCAUAUGAUGACAAUUGGGAGCUUUCUCUAGCAGGAAAGUUUCUUACAUCUAAAGAAUCAAAAUCCAAAAUAAAUCAUAUAGCAGCUGCUCCUAAUCUGCAAGUCUUUACUUUGGCUGAGAUUGAGGCAGCUACAGGUGAACUUUCAAUUGAAAAUAAACUUGGAGAGGGAGGUUAUGGUCCCGUUUACAAGGGUGAAUUACCAAAUGGACAAGAAAUAGCAGUGAAGCUCCUCUCAAAAACGUCUACACAAGGAUUUGAAGAAUUCAAGAAUGAGGUUGUACUUACCGCGAAACUACAACAUGUAAAUCUUGUUCGACUUUUGGGAUUCUGCACUGAAAGAAAUGAACAGAUGUUGAUCUACGAAUACAUGCCCAACAAAAGCUUGGACUUCUACCUCUUUGACCCCAGCAAAUCGUUUAUACUGGAUUGGAGAAGACGUAUUGGCAUCAUUGAAGGGAUAACCGGGCUUCUGUAUCUCCAAGAGUACUCAAGAAUGACAAUUAUUCACAGAGACAUAAAAGCUAGCAACAUUUUACUGGAUGAAGAGAUGAAGCCUAAGAUAUCAGAUUUUGGCAUGGCUAGAACUUUCUUGAAACAUGAACAUGAAGCAAAUACAGGCCGGAUUGUUGGAACAUAUGGUUAUGUUCCUCCAGAAUAUGUUAAAAAGGGUGUCUACUCCACCAAAUCUGAUGUUUAUAGUUUUGGAGUCUUGCUUCUACAAAUCAUUAGUGGAAAGAGAAAUGCCUAUUAUUAUGGUUUGGAUGAAAACCUAAACCUCCUAGAUUAUGCAUAUGAGCUGUGGAAUGAAGACAAAGGGAUGGAGCUUAUGGAUCCAGUUCUGGAUGAUACAAUUUCGUCUUUGAAAUUAAUUCGAUGCAUGCAAACUGCUCUAUUAUGCGUCCAGGAAACAGCAAAAGAUAGGCCAUCCAUGUUGGAAGUUUCAUCAAUGCUAAAAAAUGAAUCUGCAGCUCUAACAAUUCCCAAAAAGCCAGCUUUUUCAAGAAAAACAGAUGAAGAUCAGGAGGAAGAUCAUAAGCCCAUAUUGCAGCAAGAAAUUUGUUCUGAUAAUUUUGCUACAGUCUCAGAACUGGUAGCCAGAUGA